GUUGAACUGGGUUUUCAAUUUCAUUCUAAAAUAAUAUGUGUUCAGUACCGUGAGCACAGUGUAGCGUGUUGCUAAUAGUUUAUUUAAGUAACAGUAACUUAGUCGGUUGCUUUAUAUACGAAAAAAAAUAAUAUAAUAGUGUAUGUAGGUACUGAUAAACACCUGUUAACGGAAAUAUUGACUUUCGAUGGUUUGACUCAAAUUAGUUUUGGUAAAUUUCCACUUUUGAUGCAUAGUUCAACAAGUAGUUUGUACAUUAUUUGAAUAUACAUCGCUUAGAAUGGCUAAUUCAAUAAUAGUGGAAGACAUCAUGGAUGGCCAAUGCAUUAUCACACAACAAUUCAAUUUUGCUGUUGAUCCAGAAAGUAAUUGUUUGGCUGUUCCGACAAGAAAAUUGUGGCUCCAAAACGUCCUUAUCGCCUUCACCAAUCACCUAGUCCAAACGCUGGCAGCUUUCCUAGCUAACAGCGUCCAGAAAAUUCCGUUGAGAGUGGUCAGGAUCAGGAAAAUGAAGAAAUCCCAACAAUUGGCCAUCGCGCAAGAUCCUCAAAACAUCGCAGCCAUAGAACUCGAAGCUGAUGAAACUGAAAGGUGCGUGGAAUGUACUGUUUUGCAUGAACCCGAAGGAAUUGCUUUUGCCGAUGUUAUAUUUGUACAUGGAUUACAUGGAGGUCUCGAUAGGACAUGGACCCAAGGUAAAUGGCGCGUGAACAACCCCAAACUUCAAGAUUUGACCCCUAUAAGACGACAAUCUACUGGAAACAUGUACGUUCCUGUUAGGGAACUGUCUCCGCCCCAAGAAUGCAAACUCAAACGCACCCUAAACAAACUUUACACAAACAUACCAGCAAAAGUAGCUAGAAAAAAUAAUCACGAUCAGAUAAAUACUGAACAAAGUGACGAUGAAAUUGAAGUUGUUAGUGGCCACGAAGAUUUCAGUAGUUGCUGGCCGAAGGAUUGGUUGCCAGACGAUUGUCCAGGCGUCAGGGUUUUGGGUAUUAAUUAUUCUACUGAUAAAUUGUGGAGGCCUUUAUGGGAAAAAAUGAAGAGAAGAACAAACCUAACACAACGCAGCAAAGAAAUGAUGGAAGAAUUAUUAAGACUAGGCGUAGGUAACAGGCCCAUAAUCUGGGUAGGACAUUCUAAGGGCGGUCUAUACAUUAAACAAAUGCUUCUAAACAGUACUCGUGCUGACAUGCAAAAUCAAACCGUGAAAAAUUUACUAGAACUAACCAAGGGAAUAAUGUUUUAUAGCGUGCCUCAUAAAGGCUCUCCCGUGGCUGACUUGACUUUUCCAUUCUUCAAACGAAGCAUUGAGGUUUUAGAAAUUCAAACAAAUUGUGACUUUGUCUUGGAUCUUCACACGCGCUUUCUAGAAAUGCUCAACAAAGAAACCAGCAACGCAAAACCGGAAAUAUUUAGUUUUAUAGAUACAGAAAACACGCCUAUAGGUUUAUUUGCUUCGUUGAAAUUUAUCGCGUACGAAUCGGCAGAUCCCGAUGUAGGUGUUAAAUGUGAAGUGCCUUUGGAUCAUCGCCAAAUUUGUAAACCUGCCGGUAGGGAUUGUUUUUUGUAUUUGGAGUUGGUCAAGUUGAUUAAUAGGACAAUUUUUGAUAAAGAUUUGUAAGUGACAGCAAGCUUGUGGAAAAUAUUUAUUGAAUAAAUUGAUUUAGGAAAAAAAUAUAGUUUAUUUAGGUAUCAAUAUAAUAAUUAUGUAUAGUUACUUAUUGACUGUGAUGCAAUCACCAAUGCCUAGACUAUAGUUUGUAGGAAAUUAUUUAUAAAAAAAAUAUAUAUUUUAUACUGCUAGUUAUUAAUUAAUGUGAUUUUAGAUUUUAGGUUGCUGUUAUUUCCAAGGGUUGUUUAAUGAAAUUAUUUUGCCAGUAUUAUAAUGCAAAUGUUAUAGUCUAUUUCAUUGCAGCUCAAAACGAGGUUUAGGAUCAUAAAGACAUUGUAAACCCUAUGGUUUACAAUAGUUUCAUAACCCUGGAUUUGAGCUAACGACUGCAAUGAAAUUACUAUAGAUUCUGCAAUGUUAAGUUUAAAUUUUUGCUAUUAAAUAAUAUAAAAGCAAAAUUAGGUAGUAUGAUUUUAAAAAUAGACCCAAUUAACUAAACAAAAUAUAUAUAUUUGCUACUAUACAAUAAUAUUUUAUAUCAGAUCUUUGUUAUAAAUGCAAAGUCUUUUGUUCUAUCCCCAUAUAUCUGGAAAAUUUUGGUACUACGUACUACGAAAUUGAGCAACUCGAUAUGGGUUCCUGCUUGCAUUGUCUUUCGACAAGUUUGCCUUCUUCAGCUUCUUGCACCAGUUUUUCCAAAUCAUCACAAUCAGGAUAAGCCAUUGUUCGCAAUUUGGAGUGUACCACAGAGCCGUUUAUUUGCACUUCGAAAGAACCUGAAAAUAUUGAAGAACCCUAAUAAGGUAAACUCCAAACUCUCAUGAAGUGAUGCUUAAUUUUCAAAAUAUCAAAUAUUUCCGUAAUGAUUUUCAAAUAUAAUUAUUACUUUACCUAUGAGCGUGUGGAAAGUGCACUUCACCGCCCUUAUUUGCAAGUGGAAAGUAGCAAAUAGUCUACGGUAAAGUAGACUUUUGUAUCUCCUAACACAUUCGGAAAGUGCCUUUACUGCCCUUAAUGGCUUGCAUGAGGUAAAGUAUCACUUUCCGCAUUUAUUACAUAAAUAACUGAUAAGUGAUACCUACUAUGUAUAGAAACAGAUAUAUUUUUUUUAAAACAAUAUAUUAUUACUAUAAACAAUUUACAGAAGUUUGUAGCUACAAUACCUCUGCGUCCAACCUGUCCAUGUACAUUUACAUUGGGAUGCAGGUUCUUAAUCUGUUUUUCUAGUUCCUGAAACUUUUUGAAAAAAUCAGGAUUGCAUUUGUUGCUGAAAUGAAUAUUUUUGGGCGAAAUUUGUUGGGUAAAUUGUGGUUGUACUUACCAAUACUCUACGUCCACUGUUACGUUGUUCAUAUUUGAAGUUAUUUGAAUAUAUGUUCGCUUUAGAGUUUAUUUUAUCAACUAAUUUCUAAUUUAUAAAGUUUGAAAAAAAAAUAAACAUUGAAAAUUACAUAACCUAAUUUUUUUAAAAAUAUUGACAGUAGUAGAGGAAAACAACAGCUUUGUUCCAAAACAAC